AUGGAUAACCCUCCACCCGACUUUCCCGACCACUACCAAGUCUUGCAAGUAGGAUUCGGCGCAGAUGAGGCAGCCAUCAGAGCCAGCUUCAAGAUGUUGGCCAGGAUUCGACAUCCAGACAAAGAUCAGAAGAAUCCCAACGCCACAGCAGCGUUUCAGCAGUUAGAAGCGGCCUACUCGGUGCUGAUCGACCCCGCUCAACGUCGCGACUACGACUCCCAGAGAAGGGCGAACCCAACCAAAACAAGACACAACCCCGAACCUCAACCUUCCGCCCCGGAACGCAACGAAGCCAGGAAAAUCCGCCGCCGCCUGUGCAUUUUCAGUGUCAAUUGUGCCAUAGAUAUUUUACGACUGGAGACGAUCUGGCGGCCCACCGCGCCAUAUGGAAGGAUAGAGGAUACAGGUGCCAUGUUUGCGACAUAG